AUGGUGCUUUCGAUGGUCCUCCACAGCAUCAUCGUCGUGUCUUUUCUCACGUGUCCCCGCAUCUCAGUCCCCCUUGCAACCUCCACGCCAGAGAAAUCCACGCCACGAUGCGAUACGGCUGCCCAGCCUAGACCUUGGCUCGGGUUGAACCUGGUACUUCUCCGAAGUGCUCCGCUCGCCAAUAGGUUUGCUGUACUCUGUACUCCUCCGAGCUGGGCUCUUCACCUCGCUUGCUUGCUUCCCACCAUCCUCUCCUGCAUACCUGGAAACUCCAUGCAUGUUUAUCCGCGGCUGUGCAUCAAACUCCUGGGCAUCCUGACCCUCCCUGUCUUACCUAGCUUGGCGUCUUAA